CAAAUCGCGAUCGUGUUGACCGUGACUCGAGCGCCACUAGCGGGCUGUUUACUGUGAUUUGUUGAUUUGUUUAGGCUUAGCUUCUUCUCUUAUCAAUUGAACUGAUUAAGUGAAGGAUGACGACCAACAAUAUCGCUUUAUGAGUAUCUUAUUCGGCGAAUUGCCGGUGUGGUAAAAUGAUACUUAGACUGUUCUGGAUCAGUUACUUCCUGGUCUGCCUACAGCUAGUAUGUACUCAAGAGACACAAGAUGGGCCGACAAAGGCUGUAGUUCAAGAAAACUGUUCCCAAGAGCAAUUUCAAUGUGGUGAUGGCAGAUGUAUUCCUCGGCGUCGAAAGUGCAAUGGACGCCCAGAUUGUUUUGAUGGAUCCGAUGAGCCUUCUGAUUGUCCUCCUGUGACAUGCCGCUCCCUUCAGUUCAUGUGUGCUGUAACAAGGAAAUGUAUUCCACAAGGCUGGACCUGUGAUGGUGAACCAGAUUGUGGUCCCAAUGACAAUUCAGAUGAAGAUCCUUUAGACACAUGCUUUCCAGAAAACAACUGCCCAGCUAACUUUAUUAGGUGUGGAUCAACUGAUACGUGCAAGCAGAUUCAGUUAAUGUGUGAUGGUACACAUGACUGCCCAAAUGGUGAAGAUGAAGGAGAAUUUUGCAAAAACACUACUAUGUGUGACAGUAUCAAAUGUGAAGAUAAAUGCAAGCCAAGCUCUCAAGGCCCAUUGUGCUACUGUGGUAAAGGAAAACAGGCAAAUGGAACUGUUUGUGUUGAUCUUAAUGAGUGUGAACUAGAUGGUUCUUGUGAUCAACGCUGCAAAAACCUUAUAGGCUCCUUUGAAUGCAGCUGUGUCCCAGGUUAUAGAAAAGACGGAAAUUCAUGUUUUGCUAUCAACACUCCAGAAAGUGAAAAUGCAAGCAUACUGCUCACCUCUGCUGAUGAUAUUCGGCGCAUUUCUCUCAAUGGAUCAAUUUGGCCAAAUAGCCACCUCAUUACCCGGCAUCAGACUCAAGCCUUGUCAUUCGAUCACCGCAACCAAACAAUGUGUUUCAUAAAAGAUUACAAGCGUCUUCAGUGUGCCAAUAUUGAUCACUUAGAUCAGCCAUGGGAUAUGCCAAAUCCGUCUAUGUACUCAUAUGAGACUGUAACUCAAUUUGCUUUGGAUUGGGUGUCUGGAAAUUGGUAUUUCCUGGAUGAUACUCAUGAGGUGAUUUUUUUGUGCAAUGGUACACUGCAAGCCUGCACCAUCAUUGUGGAUGUCAACAUUGGCAAACCUCGAGGCAUUGCACUUGACCCGACAAGAGGUUAUAUGUUUUUCACAAAAUGGGGCACUGCUCACCCAAGCCUUGAGAGAUCAUUGAUGGAUGGAACUGAAAGGAAAACUUUGGUUGAUCGACGUAUUGUGUAUCCCUAUGGAGUCACUGUUGAUUUUCCCAACCAGCAUGUUUAUUGGGUGGAUACAUUCUUAGAUUGUGUUGAAAGAGUGGAUUAUGAUGGCAACAACAGGAAAAUGUUGCGAAGAGGUGUUCCAGUUCAGAACUCUUUUGAUGUUGCUAUUUUUGAAAACUAUCUUUACUUGACAAGUUGGAGGAGCUACAGUGUGAUACGUCUGCACAAAUUCACUUCUGAACAUACUAUUAUCAGCAACACCAGCCGACCAUUUUCCAUCAAUGUGUAUCAUCGUCAAAAACAACCUGAUGUUCCCCAUCCUUGCAAAGACAAUAAUGGAGGCUGCCAGCACUUGUGUAUUUCUGCAUGGAAGAAAGGCAAUGCUCAAAAUCAAUGCUUGUGUCAACCUGGUUUCAAGUUAGGACCUGAUCAGAAGUCAUGUGCAGUUGCCAAUCAGACAAAGUUUCUCAUUUAUGGAGCUGGGCGGCCUGGUAUGGUAAAGGGAAUAUCUCUUAAACCAAGCACUAAAAAAUCAGAAGUAACAUACCCAAUUUUAGAUGUCAAUAGAUCUAAAGCAUUAGAUUAUGAUGUGAAAACUCAGUACAUCUAUUUCACACACGCAACACCAAAUAAUAGCUAUGCAAUUAUGCGUCGCAAGGUCUCGGGUGGGAAAAAAGAGGUUCUUCUAGACCAAGGGAUUGACAACUGUGAAGGUCUUGCUGUCGAUUGGCUUAGUGGUAAUAUCUAUUGGAGUGAUGAAGGCCUUCAAGCAAUCAGUGUUGCCCGAAUAGCAGACCCGUCUCAGAGAAAAGUUCUCAUACAAGGGCAGAUGCAUCACCCUCGUGCUAUUGUUUUGGACCCAAGAGCGGGCUUUAUGUAUUGGUCAGAUUGGGCUACAGUGCAGACCCAAAAGGGGAAGAUUGAGCGUGCAGGAAUGGAUGGUAGUAAACGAGAAGCUUUUGUUGUUGAGAAUGUACACUGGCCCAAUGGCUUAAGCAUUGACUACGGUGGCAAAUGGCUAUAUUGGUGUGAUGCAUACCAUGACAGGAUUGAACGCAUUCGAACUAAUGGGAAGGAUCGCAAGGUGAUCUUUGAUAAAGCCCCAAUGGAACACCCUUAUGGUUUGGCUCAUAGUGACAAUUUCCUUUACUGGACUGAGUUUCAGAAUGGAACUGUACAACGUUUGAACAUGACUGAUCUUAACAACCUCACAGUUACCACACUGAGUGUUGAAAACCAUCCUCUUUAUGAGCUACGAGUGUUUGAUAAUAGCACUCAAGAGGGCGCCAAUGACUGCGCAACAAAGGACAACAAUGGAUGUGAUCACCUUUGCCUCAUAUCUCCCUCUGGAUUGGUCUGUGCUUGUCAAGAUGGAUUUGACUUAAUGGGGAAAAAAUGUGUCCACAAUCAGAACUAUACUGCUCCAUUUCAUUGCCAUGCUGGCCAAUUUAUGUGCGCUGAUAAUGUAACAUGUAUUGACCGCCACUCUGUCUGUGAUAAGCGCAAAGAUUGCCCAGAUGGUUCUGAUGAAGAUACUGCCAUAGGUGGUAUUUGUGGGGAGGCUCCACCUCUAGUCCCUGCUCAUUAUGAGCUGGAUUGUGAAACUAACUUUAAGUGUGAUGGAAAUUCCUGCAUCAGAAAUGCAUGGGUUUGUGAUGGUGACAAAGACUGCCGAGAUGGUACAGAUGAAGAUGUUUCUCGAUGUGGAAAUAUAACAUGUCCACCUGAACAGUUCACUUGUAAAAUAUCUGGACGCUGCAUUCCAAUGACUUGGACAUGUGACACUGAGUUAGAUUGUGGAGAAAAUGACCCUUCAGAUGAACAUAGCAAUUGCCAAUGUCAUCCAUCACAAUUCACAUGUGCUAAUAAAAAGUGUAUCCCUUAUGAUCAUUACUGUGAUGGGGAUGAUGAUUGCCAAGAUCAGAGUGAUGAACUCGAUUGCCCUCAAGCAUGUAAUAAUUCAACAAUGUUGUACUGUGCUCACAACAAUCAAUGCUUGCCACUGAGCUUCAAAUGUGAUGGAACAAAUGAUUGUGGGGAUGGUAGUGAUGAGGCUAACUGUCCAACUUCUUUGGUACCCACACACACUUCUCAUUGUGAGCCCUCUGAGUUCGCUUGUAAUGACAGCUUCUGUAUUCCGGCAAAGCUGCAAUGUGACGGCCAAAGAGACUGUCUAGAUGGAUCUGAUGAAUGGUCGUGUGUAAAUUGUCAUGGCCAUGAUUGCCACAAGCACCAUUCUCAAAAUGGUUCUCUGGAGUGUGAACCUCCUGCCCAGUAUUGUGACAACCGCACCAAAUGUAUUCAAAUUGACGAAUUCUGUGAUGGAGAGGCUAAGUGUACUGAUUUAUCAGAUGAAGGAGGCCAGUGUGACCUUGAAUUGUGUGGAUCUUCUUCUGAAUGUUCUCACUUGUGUCAAAAUACUCCUGAGGGUAUUUUAUGUUAUUGUCCUCCAUCCCUGCAUUUGCAACCAGAUGGAUUCACAUGCAGUUUUUCUCACCCAUGUGAAACUUGGGGUGUUUGUGCACAUAGUUGUGAACCAAUUAAAUCCAAACAUAAGUGCAAGUGCAACCCUGGUUACGCUUUGCAAGCUGAUGGGUUUUCUUGCAAAAGCACUGAUAAAGCCACUCCCUUUGUCAUAUUUAGCAACCGUCAUGAACUGCGUGGUGUUGACUUACAUUCGCAAAGCCCGAAGGCUCUCAUUUCCAGCCUCAAAAAUACGAUUGCUCUGGAUUUCUAUCAUUCAGAGACUGAAGACAAAAUCUUCUGGACAGAUGUAAUUGAUGAUAAAAUUUAUCGUGGAACGCUAGUUGGAGGUUCCUUGAGUAACAUAGAAGUCGUUGUUCAAACUGGCCUCUCAACUGCUGAGGGACUUGCUGUUGACUGGAUUGGUCAGAAUCUGUAUUGGGUAGAAAGCAAUUUGGACCAAAUUGAAGUUGCAAAAUUAAAUGGAAGCUUUCGUCGCACUCUAGUUGCUGGAGACAUGGAGUCACCAAGAGCCAUUGCUUUGGACCCUCGCUAUGGCUUAUUGUUUUGGACUGAUUGGGAUGCAAAUAACCCACGCAUUGAGAGGUGCAGCAUGAGUGGAGAUCUGAGAAAAAAGGUGGUUGCUGUGGAUCAAAUUGCUGAUGGUGCUUGGCCUAACGGGCUGACAUUAGACUACCAAUUACAACGUAUAUACUGGAUUGAUGCUCGCUCAGACUCAAUACAUACAGCCACUUAUGAGGGUCAGGAUAUUCGGACUGUCAUUCGAAAUCAUGAAACUUUGUCACAUCCAUUUGCUAUAGCAUUGUUUGACAACUAUGUCUACUGGACGGACUGGAGAACAAAUUCAGUAAACCGUGCUAACAAAUGGAAUGGCACUGAUUUAACAGUGAUUCAAAGAACUCUGACACAACCAUUUGAUAUCCAAAUUCUUCAUCCUAGUAGGCAACCUAAAGGAAAUUUCAACCCAUGUGGCACCAAUAACGGAAAUUGCUCACAUCUUUGCUUGCUAAGUGUUAACAACACCUACAAAUGUGACUGCCCUCAUGUUAUGAGAUUAGAUAAAGAUAACCAUACAUGUGUCGCAGUGAAUGAGCAGGUUCUCCUAUUCUCUCGAGCCAAUGAAAUCAGAGGUGUCGAUUUAAAAAUGCCUUAUUUCCACACAAUACCCACUAUAAGCCUCCCUCAAGUGCUUUCACCAUCACAGCUCGAUUUUGUAGCAAGCACUAAAAAAAUAUAUUGGACUGAUGUGCAAGUCAAUGAAGUAAAGCGCACAGGCCUUACUGGUGGGGGUGCAGAGAGUAUUAUUGAUACAGGCAUUGAUUCCCCUACUGGUUUUGCGAUUGAUUGGAUAUCGGGGAACAUGUAUGUGACUUCUGCUGGUCCCUCAUACAAUCAGAUAUUGGUUUGCAAUUUGGAAGGAGAAUACAUAAUUACUGGAAUAAUAACUAUUCCAAAUAAAGUACCAGAAAACGAAACAGCUUCAUCUCAUCCUGUAACAACACAACCCACACCUUCAAUAACAACUUUGCCACCUUCAGAUUACGGAGAGAAUCAUGAUAGCACGGAGUCUGAUGGAAAAUUGACAAAAUCUGAGCAUGCUCAAAUUAAGUCAUUAGCUCUAGAUCCUACAAGAGGAAAAUUGUACUUCAGUCAUGUUCGGGGAACAACCUACAUUAUUGAAGAAGCCAAUAUGGAUGGAAGUGGUCGUCAUACUUUGGUCUCUAAAGUAGAGGAUGUGGCAAGUGUUGCUCUUAGAAGCUUGUCUAUGGAUUUGGAUGAUUGGCGUUUAUAUUGGGUCAAUGUUUGGAGAAAAACCAUACAGUACUAUGACUUCAAAAGCAAGCAGACUCUGGAUGUCCCGUUGAAGCAAGAAGCUGUUCCUACUGCUGCUGUUGUUUAUCAUGGGUUUUUGUAUUAUGCUGACUUGCAUGACAUGGCUAUCCAUAUGGCAAACAAAACCUCUGGACUUAAGAAUGACACUGUUCUUCGAGCUAAUACAAUUCAAGUCAUGUCUCUCCGUAUAUAUGAUCCUGAGAUUCAGCAAGGCAGCAAUACUUGUAAGGUUAACAAAGGAAAUUGUUCACACUUAUGCCUCCCUAUCUCACCUACUGAACAUGUGUGCCGUUGUGGAACUGGUUAUAUAGUUGACCCAACUGAUCUCACAAAGUGUAUCGGCAUUGAAUCUUUCCUCCUUUACUCAAUUAACUGGGAAAUCAAAGGACUUUCCCUGAAAGCAGGAGACAACACAACUCAGGUAUUGGGUCCUAUAUCCCGAGUUUCAAUGGCUGCAAGUGUAGACUUUCACGCAGAAUCUGAAUACUUGUAUUGGGCUGACAGUGAUCAUGGAUCAGUUACACGUAUUCGUCGUGAUGGAACAGGGCGCAAAGUGGUAGUAGAGCAUUUUGAAUCCAUGGAAAUUAUUCCUAUGGACUGGUUGACUGGAUUGGCUGUUGACUGGAUAGCAGGUAACCUAUAUUGGACAGACCCAAAGGUUCAUGUGAUUGAAAUGUCCAGGUUAGAUGGAUCAUUCCGCUAUGUAGUAGUCACUGGUGGGUUGGACAAGCCUACUUCGGUAGUUGUUGAUCCAGUGCAAGGACUUUUGUUCUGGAGUGAUGCUGGUAAACAACCUCGUAUUGAACGAGCUGCCUUAGAUGGUUCCAACCGGAAAGUCCUUGUUAACAUGGGCAUUGCAGCCAUCAAUGACAUAACUUUGGACUUCGAUGGGAAGAAAAUUUAUUGGUGUGACUCAAGUACCCACAAAAUCGAAAGAGUAAAUUAUGAUGGCACGGACCGUGAAGCUCUCCUGGAGCGCUCACUAGAUUCUCCGUAUGCUCUGACUGUAUUCAACAACUCUCUCUAUUGGAUUGACACAACUUAUGAGAGAGGGAGUAUUUUGUCAGCUCCUUUGGCCAACCUCUCAAACUUUUCAGUCAUGCUGAAGGACAUUGGUGAUUCUCUUAAGGACAUUCAGGUUUUCUCCAAGUUGAAGCAGAAAGGCACAAAUCCUUGUGCUAUUAAAAAUGGUGGAUGUGCAGAGCUUUGUUUGUACAAUGGAACACAUCCAGUUUGCGCUUGUGCUCAUGGGAAAGUUGCAAGCGAUGGUCAUUCAUGUGAAGACUAUGACAGCUUCCUGCUCUACUCCCGCGUUCUGCGGUUGGACAGCAUCCAUAUGACCAAUGAAAAUAAUUUAAAUGCUCCAUUCCCAAGCAUCCAAUCCAAAGAAUAUAUGCGAAAUAGCAUUGCUCUUGCAUAUGACUACAAGCGGAAGCUCAUUUUCUACUCUGAUAUUCAAAGAGGAAGCAUCAACAGUGUUUUCUUUAAUGGCACCAACCACACUGUCAUUAUUGAGAGGCAUGGUGCUGCAGAGGGGUUGGACUAUGAUGCAUCAACUAACACUUUAUAUUGGACUUGCAACAAUGAUUUGACUAUUAACAAAAUUAAUCUUACAACGAAUAGCUCUAAGGUAGAACAAAUCGUCAAGCUCAAAGAAAAUGACAAACCACGUGGCAUAGCUGUAGAUUCGUGUGAAGCGCGCGUUUACUGGACAAACUGGAAUUCAGUACACCCUUGCAUUCAAAGAGCAUACACCAAUGGUUUUGAUGUAGAAACAAUUAUUUCAACUGACAUACGGAUGCCUAAUGGUUUAGUUUUAGAGCACAGCACUCAAAAGUUGUAUUGGUGUGAUGCUCGUUUGGAUAAAAUUGAACGUGCAGAAUAUGAUGGCAGCAACAGAGUUGUGUUAGUAGAAAUAAUCACACAUCACCCGUUUGAUAUUGCGGUCUAUGGCAAUUAUCUGUUUUGGACGGAUUGGGUGCUUCAUGCAGUCCUCCGAGUUAACAAGUUUUCUGGUGAUGAUGUAGUUGUUCUUCGAAAAGAUGUGCAGAGACCAAUGGCUAUUGUUGCCGUGACAAAUGACACAAAUGACUGUGCAGCGAAUCCUUGCAAGGUCCUUAAUGGUGGAUGUGCACACAAAUGCAGGUUAAAUGUGACUGGUAAUGUUGUAUGCAGCUGUUUCCCAGGGUCUGCACUUCUCCCUGAUGGCAAAUUAUGCUCCAAAAUCUCUGGAGAGUGUACAUCAUCUUCCUUCACUUGUUCCAAUGGUAGAUGUAUUCCUUACUAUCUGACUUGUGACGGUAUUGAUCAGUGUGGUGACAACUCGGACGAAGCACCCCAGUACUGUGGCCAGAGAAAGUGUCGUGCGGGCUAUUUUACAUGCAUCAAUAAGCGUUGUAUUCCAAUGAAUCAAACAUGUAACCACAAUAAUGAUUGUGGGGAUGGAAGUGAUGAAGUGAAUUGUUCGUGCUCCGAUAAAACUCAUUUCCAAUGUACUCAUGGUGCUGCUUGUAUCAAUGCUUCAUAUGUUUGUGAUCGGAGUGCAGACUGCCCUGACGCUAGUGAUGAAAUGAACUGCCCUAAACCAAAUUGUACUGAGCACCCAGGAUUGAUUAAUUGCAACACAACAACAGCUUGCAUCAAUCCCUCAUGGAUUUGUGACUCUGAAAAUGACUGUUGGGACAACUCAGAUGAAAAAGAUUGUCCAUCAACCAGUCCUAGUUCACCUGCUCCAUGUCUAAGCCCUCACUUCCAGUGUAAGAAUGGUAACUGCAUUCCAAAUAACUGGCGCUGUGAUGGUGAUGACGACUGUGGUGAUAGCAGCUCAACUGGACCAAGCUCGGAUGAGACUGAUUGUGGGAGUAUGUGUAGAGAUGACCAGUAUGAGUGUACGAGUAAAGAUUGCAUCCCACUUUCGUGGCAGUGUGAUGGCACUCCAGACUGUCCAGAUGGCUCAGAUGAGGACCUCAAGUGUAAUGCUCGACCAUGUACCCUACCAAAUUUCAAAUGUAACUCUACUGUCAAAUGUAUCCCUGCGAUAUGGGUGUGUGAUGGUGAGGACGACUGUGGUGAUGGCUCAGAUGAAACUUCAAAUGACCAGUGCCUGCGCAGACCGCCCGCUUGUGCCGACACGCACUUCCAAUGUGCCAAUGCCAAAUGUAUUCCUCAGGAGUACUACUGUGACGGGCAAAAUGACUGUGGCGAUAAUAGCGAUGAACCAAAACUCUGCGGCCUUCAAGGCUGUAGAGAUAAUGAAUUUGCCUGUCGCAAUGGAGCCAAGUGUGUACUAGCCGCUUGGACCUGUAAUGGUGUGGAUGAUUGUGGAGAUAAUUCAGACGAAGAGGGGACAUCAUGCCUUAAUGCAACAAAUAGGUUGUGCGAAGGACCUCAAGUGUUCCACUGUGAUAAUGGUCUUUGUGUGAAUGAAACGCUCCUGUGCAAUGGGCAGGAUGAUUGUGGAGAUUUCAGUGAUGAGCGCCUUUGCAACAUUAAUGAAUGUGAGCAAAAUAGUACUUGUGCUCAUACAUGUAUCGACAAAAAAAUAGGAUACGAAUGUCAGUGUCAUCCAGGAUAUAAAGUCAGUCCUAGAGAUCACAGACUAUGCCUGGAUGUUGAUGAGUGUUUGGAGUCACCUUGUAGCCAGAAAUGCCGCAAUACUGUAGGCUCGUAUGUCUGCUCUUGUAACAAUCGUUAUAUUCUGAGACCUGAUAAACAUUCCUGCAAAGCAAACUCUGGUGAUGAAGCAAAGCUCCUGUUCUCUAACCGUUAUUAUAUCAGGGAAAUGGAUUUAGCUGGUAGAACAAGCCUUAAAGUUCACAAUCUUACAAAUGCAGUUGCAUUAGACUUUGAUUGGGAAGGAAAAUGCUUGUAUUGGUCUGAUGUAACAGCAAGUGGAAGCACCAUAAAACGACAAUGUGGAGGAAAUGCAACUCAUGAGGUUCUACAUUCGGCUACACUUCAGAACCCUGAUGGAUUAGCUGUUGAUUGGGUUGGCCAAAAUCUUUAUUGGUGUGAUAAGGGUUUGGACACUAUUGAAGUAUCCAAACUGGAUGGUCGAUAUCGGCAUAUUCUUAUUAACUCUGGCCUUCAAGAACCACGAGCUAUUACUCUGGACCCUCAUCAAGGCUAUAUGUACUGGACAGACUGGGGAGAUCGCCCGUACAUAGGGAAAGCAGGCAUGGAUGGUUCGAGUUUCACCGUCCUUGUGAAUGAUUCCCUUGGAUGGCCCAAUGCGUUGACUCUAUCAUAUGAGACUAAUGAACUGUUUUGGGGAGACGCACGUGAAGAUUACAUAGCAGUCUCGGACUUAGAUGGCAAAAACAGAAGAGUUGUGAUGAGUCGUGCCAAGAAUCCAAGACUCAUGCUACACCACAUAUUUGCCCUUGCAGUUUUUGAAGAUUACUUAUAUUGGACAGAUUGGGAGACCAAAGCUGUUGAAAGAUGUCAUAAGUACAGUGGCCAAGACUGUAAACGUCUUGCCAUUAUGGUACAUCGUCCAAUGGAUAUACAUGUUUAUCAUCCCUAUCGACAACUUCCAGUUACCAAAAACCCAUGUGCCAAUAAUGGAGGCUGUUCCACUCUCUGUUUACUUCGACCCAAUGGCGAGCAUCAAUGUGCUUGUCCAGGAAAUUUUGUACUUGGUCCCGACAACCGCAGUUGUAUUGCAAACUGUACAUCUGCCAAUAUUGUUUGCAAAAAUACCUACAAAUGCAUUCCGUUUUGGUGGAAAUGUGAUGGCCAAGAUGACUGUGGUGAUGGUUCAGAUGAACCACCAAACUGUCCCAAGUUUGAGUGCACUCCAGGACAAUUCCAGUGUCGUAAUACCAAAUGCAUCCAUCCAUCUUAUCUUUGUGAUGGGACUUCUGACUGUGGAGACAAUUCUGAUGAAGAAGAUUGUGACAAGUACACAUGUUUGAACACCCAAUUUAAGUGCCAUAGUAAUGGAACUAUAUCUGACCAUUGCAUAGCUGGUUCAUUACGCUGCAAUGGCAAGAUAGAUUGCCCUUUGGGGGAAGAUGAGAAGGAUUGUCCUCCAAAAACAUGCCAACAAGAUCAAUUUUCUUGCCAAGCUGAUGGAAAAUGCAUACCUCAUGUUUGGGUGUGUGAUGGCGAUGAAGAGUGUGCCGACGGUUCUGACGAAAGGGACUGCGAAUCUCGCACCUGUUCCGCAGACCAGCUUCGGUGCAGCACUGGUCGGUGCAUCCCGAAGGCGUGGCGCUGCGAUGGAGACCGUGAUUGCCGGAAUGGAGAGGACGAGCCCGCCAAUUGUUCGAAUCCUGAGUAUCACACUUGUGAUCCCACCUACUUCAAAUGCAAAAAUAACAAAUGCAUCCCGGGGCGUUGGAAGUGUGACUAUGACAAUGAUUGUGCAGACAAUUCAGACGAAGUUGGUUGUGAACCCCGUAAUUGCAGUGAGUCAGAAUUCAGGUGUUCCGAUGGUAGAUGCAUAGCAGGUAUGCAGAGGUGUGAUGGUGAAUAUAACUGUGAUGACCACACAGAUGAGAUGAAUUGCAAUCGCACCUGUAGUUCCAAUGAGUUUCAGUGCACAUCUCCACAGUAUUGUAUUUCAAGUACUUGGAAAUGUGAUGGUGAUGUGGAUUGUAGUGACGGUUCUGAUGAAACUGACUGCCCCAACCAAUGUCCAGAGAACAAGUUGCAUUGCUUGAACAAACAAUGUGUUUCUGCUUCAUGGGUAUGUGAUGGUGAUGAUGACUGCGGUGAUGGCACGGAUGAAACAAAUUGUACAAAGUGGGCAUGUGAACCAGGGCGCCACAGAUGUUGGAGAAAUGAAUCAGUUAUUUGCCUCCCUGGAUUCAGUGUGUGUAAUGGAGUUUUUGAUUGUGAAGAUCACUCAGAUGAGAGAUUUUGCAAUCAAAGUCACUCCAUAAAGGGUGACUGUAGUCAAGGCAAUAAUUUUAUUUGCCUCAAUAAAAAUUGCAUUCCAAGCAGCUUAAUUUGCAAUGGAAAGAAUGAUUGUGGUGACAACUCUGAUGAAAGUGAUUGUUCACCUUCACCAUGCAAGUUUGGCACAUGUUCUCAACUGUGUGUCAUUAAAAAGCGUGGUAAUAGUACCUUCGCUGCCUGCAAUUGUCACUCAGGUUAUACUCUUGCAUGCUCUAAUGGGAACAAAACAUGCGACAAUGCCAAUAAAACUUGUGUAGCCAAAGGUCUUCCUGCUCAGAUAAUUGUUGCAACAGACACAGGGUUAAGAAUUUUUGAUAAACCACACGUAGCUCUUGAUCUUAUGACUAGCUCAGGAAAACUUGUAUCUGCAAACAAAAUUGAAUCCAUUGAUGCAUUUUGGAAUCCUCCUAAGCACACUAUUAUCUUCUCUGACCAUCAUUAUCGCAGCAUAAAACAUGAUAAUCGUACUCUGAUCUCACAGUUGGAUAAUCCUCGUGGUGUGUCUAUUGAUUGGAUACACAAGCUAUUGUUUUGGGUUGACUCUGGAACUCCAGCCGUAAUGGUUGCAAAUUUGGAUGGGACUCGACGUGCUACGCUAAUUGAAACAGAUUUAGAGGAACCUCAUAGCAUUGUGGUGGACCCUCAAGAAGGGAAAAUAUUCUGGACAGACUGGGGCAAAAAGGCCCGCAUUGAAAGCGCACAAAUGGAUGGACAUGGACGACAUACAUUAGUCGGAGACCAUGUAUUGUGGCCUACUGGCCUAGCAAUGGAUUAUCAGGCCCGUCGCCUUUAUUGGGUGGAUGCUAAGAAACUUACAAUAGAAGCUGUAGACCUUGAUGGUAAAUUUAGGAAGAAUGUCAUAACGUUCCCUAGAGGUACAAGACCAUACAAAAUUGACGUCUUUGAAGAUAAGUUAUUUGUCAGCUUAAGUGCCCAGAAGACAGUCAUGGUGAAACGAUUGGACAAGUUUGGUCGUUUUGGCGUGAAUGGUACUGUACUUUACCAGGGAGAGCAGCAACGAGCUCCAGAUAUUGUUGUGCUACAGGAGAACAAGCACCCUCGGACAUCACUAAAUGUAUGUCAGAAAAAUCCUUGCCACCCCUCUGCUCUUUGUGUUCCACAAGGCAACCGCCCAGGUACCACUAACAGAACAUGCUUAUGCCCCGAUGGCUAUUUAGCAACUGUUUCCAGUGCUCUGAUGGUUGAAUGCAACCUCAAACCAAAAGCAGCAGAAAAAUGUGAUGUGAAGUGUAUCAUGGGUAAAUGUCAAAUAUUUGCUGAGGGUCCUCGUUGUGUGUGUGAACCCAUGUAUGGUGGAGAGCAUUGCAAUAGGUAUCUGUGCUCUGAAUUCUGUAAAAAUCAAGGCCGCUGUGAUGCUGUGGUUGAGUCAAAGCUAGGAAAAGCAGUACCUAAAUGUACCUGCCCACCACAGUGGACUGGAGAGCGUUGUGAAAUUCCACUAGCUAACUGUGGUUGUGAAAAUGGCGGCACUUGUAUCCCUGCUGGCCAUGGAGCGGUCUAUUGUGCUUGUCAACCACAGUUCACAGGUCCUCGCUGUAAAGAUUGUCUAACUUUAAAAUGUGGUCCCAAUGGAGCGUGUUAUCUUCAAAGUGAUGAGCCUAAAUGUAACUGUUCCAAUGGAUACACAGGGAAAAACUGUGAGAUUUCAAAAUGUGUUGGCUUCUGUAAAGGAAAUAGUACAUGUAGAAUGACAAGCGGUGGUCCUAAGUGUGUUUGUGCUCCUGGCUUUACUGGAGACAAAUGUGAAAAGGAUAAGUGUAAAGACUUCUGUAAAAAUGAGGGCAAAUGCAUAGCGGGAAACAAGAAACAGUUUUGUCAGUGUGGACCGAAGUUUGCUGGUCCUUUGUGUGAAAUAGAUCUAUGCAACUGUUCUUGUGACGACAGGGAUCAGCAUUGCCUUUGUGUGUUCCCCCCACCAGAGGAGUGCCAGUCUAAUUCUGUUCAGAAGUGCCGUCCAGGGGCGUGCAAAAAUGGCGGCACUUGCGUUGAGAGCCGCGGGAAUCCUGUUUGCCGAUGCCUUGAUGAGUAUAACGGUCCUGAAUGCGGAACAUACUAUGGAACUAAUCAUGCAUGUAUUAACUAUUGCAAAAAUGGAGGAGCAUGUCAUCUCGAUGGCAAAGGAAAUGCUUCCUGUUCUUGCCUGGAUGGUUGGUUUGGAUCAAAGUGUGAUCAAACUUCACAUUGCAAACCAGGGUAUUGCUUGAACUCUGGCCAUUGCCCUGAAACAGAUGGCAGUCCUCAACCAACCUGCAUAUGUCCUGUGGACUUCACUGGCAAACGUUGUGAGAUUGCAGUGACGGGAAGCUCCCCAUCAUCCAGUGAAGGCAGUGGAACCUCUGCUGGUGUCAUUAUUUCUGUAACAAUACUAAUAAUUUUGCUGCUUGGAGUAGCUAUUGCUUAUUACGUAACAAAACGGAUUCGUCGAGGAGGUAAAUCUUUCCUGCAUCAGCGCAUGACUGAAAAUGUUGAAAUCAGCAAUCCUAUGUAUCUAAGGGAAGACCUUGAUGAUGAUGGUGAUAAUUUUACUCUAGACUCUAUUGUUAAGGGUAAUUUCUCCAAUCCUAUGUACGAGUCAAUGUAUAAUUCUGGUGCAUCUACUGCAAGUGGCACAACUAGUGAGGAGAAGAAGGGUCUCCUUCGUGGAGAUGAUGUCCCCUCACAGCCUCACCCACUUGCUGGAAGGGAAGAAUUGUGAUGGGUGUUCUGUUAGUGAGUAGAGUUAUCCUAUAUGUGAAAAAAGUCAAAUGGAGCUAAUUAUGGCCUGUAUGAAGAAGUAUUUUUAUAAGGUUGGACAGUGAAGUGUGAGUCAAGAAGCACUUGUUACCCACUUGUGCUCAUACUUGAGGUAGCGUUUAUUUUCUGUUAUGGCUAUGAGGCAUUGGAAUUCUUUUGCAUAUACGAGAGGUUCUGUAUCAAAACCACUAAUUAGGAGACAAUGUAGGUUUUGGUAUUGUUCUUUUUGUUUUUAAUCAACUAAAAGGUCAAAAGUUACAAUAAUUUUCUAAUAUUUUCAAUUUACUUUUUAAAAAAAAAUUAUUUCAAUACUGUAUUCCCCUCCCCCCCAAUCCCAAUUUUUUGGUGUUCCAUGUUUUAGUGCAGAUUUGUUGGAAUUCUUUUUUAUGAAUCAGAACCUCUUAAACAGUGUGCUGUUGAUCUGUGCUGAGCCAGAGGGUGCUACUUUAAAUUAUAUUUGGCAUGCUGGAUCGCAUCAUACUCAAUGUGAUAACAGGGCCUGGGUAGCACUUAUGUGUUGCCAGAUGGGAAGUGGAUUUUGACGGGUGAUAAUGUGGGUAGUUAUAUUAGUUUUCCUUGUGGUAAAAGGAUAUGCAUGAAUCAAUAUUUAUUGGUGUUAAGCUAUUAGUCAUUAAUUUUUUUCUGUGCCAAUGUGAGUGUAGGUACUGAUUUUAAUCUUUCAAGAAACUAUCUGUUAUUGUUUCUUAGCAAAUGACUGGCUGUUAAACAGUUUUGUGGUAUUAUUGCCACUUGAGACGCACUUUCUUGCCCUUUUCUUAUUUUCAACUGUUGAAGAAGUGCAAGUCGGUUUUUAAAUCAUUUUCUUAUCUCUUAGUGCUUUUUUUUAAUUGCCUCUGUGCCAAGCUUUGUAAUAACUUUUAUGUGGUUACUCAGAGAAGUGUAUUACCUUAUCUUGUUGUUUAUGUUAGAAUCUUAUACAGGAUUUUGCUCACAUUUUUGAGGUUUUUGAUUCUGUUUAUGGUACUUGCGACUGGCAAAAAGAUGUGUUCAGAGUUUUUGUUCCUACUCACACGCAGAAUAUCAUAUUUAUUUGUCAGUAAUACUCAUCUUAACGUUCUUCCUCAUAUUUUAUGGGAACUUUACACCCAUAUUAACAGCAAUAUAUGCUCUCUGUUAUAAUUUUUAUUUCUAUUGUAAUUUUAAAUAGACAAAGAAGCAGUUUCCAUUUAUAUUGGUCCAGAAAUCCAUCCGGUUACAGUGGGGACUUGACAAAUAUUAAGAAGCAUUUUAGUUUUACCCUGUUACCCGUUUGUGAGUUUUUAUUGGUUGUGUCUGAACUAGUGUUACCCAUGCAAAGUUAAUUGUUGUGAAUUUUCUUUUAAAACUUUGCAUUCUCACCGUCCUGAAUAUUUUGUACCCUGCAGAAGUAGCUCAGCUUUCAAAUUUGAGUCUUCCCAUUAUGAAGGCUGUAUAGACUGCUUUCAAUAUAAAAGCGUGUGCAUGUGGCAAUAGUUCAAUCACUUUGCCUGUGUGCUAUUUUGAUUUUUAAGUAGAGAGUUGUAUUGAAUCAUAUUAUGGACAUGUUCAUGGUGGCGAGAGUGCUGCUCAUGCCUUUCGAAAUCCAUCCAUUUUCUCAAACCGUCCUCCAUCAAAUUUUCGUGGAAAAUACUCUUGUUGUCAUUACAAGACAGACAAGAAAAGUCCUGUUUUAUCAGUUCAUGACGUCCUCUGCACUUUAGUCUGAUAAUUUGGCAUUCAUUUUAGAAUGUAGUUUGAUAGUUCUUCCAUAAAGACUUUAUUUCCGUAUUGAGCUAUCAUGUGCUUCUUUUUAGUCAAUAUUUAUUAUAUUGUGAUUGUCUUGUGAUUUACUUGACUUGUGUUUUUUUGUGUUAAUUUGAAACUGCACAAAGCUGUUCUUUUAUUAUUUUUAUUACAGUACUUUGCUUCCUCCCUCAAAUUGAUUUACUCUUAGAAUCUUUGUUCAGUUGUUGCAUCAACAAAUACAUAUCGAGUCACUUCUAAUGUCAGGCAUUGCUACAUUCCAAUCUCUCUAUGCUCCUGAUGGAACUUUGUAGUUAGUUAUUAUGAUAUUAUUUUCUUGCCUUUGCCUCUUUGAAGGCCCUCCCCUAACAGUUUGACCUUUUCAUGUUCAUCUCCUUUUAAAAUGUAUCUGUUCAGUUCUGCCAUGUUUUUGAACUUCAUGUAGCUAUUAAGUUUAUAUUGAGCAUUCAUUUAAUUAUCAAGGAGAAAUGUAUGAUGGCUAAUUGUUGGUAGCUUAUUAUAUAUGCAAUAUUUUAGUUAAGUUUUACUCUUAUUUUAUGCUUGUGAAAUAAGACAAUGCAUAUUUUUAGUUAGUUUCCUUUCGUGAACUGAAACAGAAGUUUGUAACUCUGCAUUCCACUCUGUGUUGUGGGAAGUUUAAAUUGAUUUGCAUCCUAAGAUGCUGGUCUUCUUUCUGAUUUUGUUUCCUGACAUUGAAAAAGUAUCCAUGCUUGUGCUGGGUUUGUUGUGCUCAGAAACUAGGUGUAAAGAAAAUGAGUGGUUGCGUCAAGCUAGUCAGUCUUGCCCUCUUGUACAAAAUUUCUCUUGCUAAGUAAGUUAUUUAAGAAAUUUGCAUUUCAUUCAUGGUUGUCAAAAAGCUGCUAGUAUUUUAGGUCCCGUCACUGGUUCCAGCUUGCUGCGUGUUAUCAGUGAAAUGGAAUACCCAUAUCAUUUAUUGUUUGCAACAGGAAGAUUCUCAUCUUAAAAUACUGUUUUAAAGUGUUCCUUAGUUCCAUAGUCAGCAGCAGCAGAACUGUGGUCACCUCCAUUUCCCAUAAUGAUAAUAAUUGCUCUCUAUCUGUAUGUUUUCUGGGUUGUCCCCAGCAUUCCACAGUGGUUUUCUCAAAUGCUGAACUGAAUAUCUCAUAGAAUCGAAGCUAAGUAUAAGAAUAUGCACCUCAUCAUGUGCUAGUGCUGUUUGUUGGUCGACCUCAAUAAUAUUUUUAUAAUAUGACUAUGUGGGAACCAGAAUUGACAUGCAAAAUGUAACAUUUUUCAAACGCGCAAUUUACGAAUUUUAUAUACCUGGGAGAGAUGUUAUCUGUUCCUUUGUUUGUGAAUAAAUGUGAUUGUCACAAAGGA